AUGGAUAAUUGUUUUUCUUCGAAAUUGAAUGUUCUAGGUUCUGGAUUUUUGACAUACUAUAGUGAUCUAUAUUUCAAAAGAAUUAUACAAAAUAUAAAAAAGAAAACUGCUAAGGUAAAUAAGAGUGACAAAGAAGCAUUUAGAAAUGUAUGUCGAGAUUUGAGUAAAUAUCUAAUUAAUAAUAAGUCUCCCCCACCACAUUAUAUUAGUCUUAAGGAUAAAUGGGAAGGGGCAUUAAAAAUGUGGUUACAAUCUUACUAUGAAACGAUUAAAAUACAUAAAGAAUGUCCUGUUGUUCUGGAAAAAAAUGAUAUGAAAAUUUUAGAAUUAAAAUAUGAUGAAGAAGAUUUUUGUGAAAAAAGAAAUACUUAUCUUACUAAAAUACAACAGCUAAAACCUAGAAUUUCAAAAACGUGUGAUAAUGAAUAUUUACAGAAAUGUAACGAAUAUAACGAUUGGAUUAAUGGGAGAAAUAUUUAUUUUCAGGAAAAAGUAAGCCUCAUUAAAGGUUGUUACAGAAAAGAACCAAUAACUCGCAAAAGAGGAAAAAAACAAGAAACAUUAUGCAAUAUACUCAAAGAAGAAACCUUUAGACCAUCAUUAGAUUGCUUACUCAUUGAUCAAAAUCCAACUUGCAAAAACUUACAAGAAAAAAAAAAGGAAGUUUUACAAGAAGAAGAUCAAAAAACAGCUGAAAAGCCAUCUAAAACUGAAGCUCCAACGGAACAAACCCUUCAAACAUUACAAAGUGGAGAAACUAAUAAUUCACAGAUAUCUCUAUCCCCAGAGACGUUAUCUCAUCAGCAUCGACCUCAAACUCAAGAUCAGUCGGAAACUGAAGCUCCAAAUCCUCAAGUUAAAAGUAAAGAAUCUGAAGCUAUACAAACUACUCAAGAUAAAAUAUCAGAUUCACAAAUAAAUGAUACUGAUGAUGACGCAGUAUUAACAGGCCCUAAUUCACCAACAAUUUCAGAUUCUGCUAUAUCACGAGAAACUCAGUCUCCUAAAAGUCAUGCAUUAAAAGCUGAAUUCUCAAUUCCUUCAGCAGGUUUAGCUAAUUCUGCUGAAACCCCUAAAUUUUCAGGGUUGUUUAAAAAAAAAAAUAAGAUAAAAAGAAGACCUGUGAAAUUUCUGAGAAUAUUAUAUCCUUUACUUUCUUGGAAAAAAAGUGAGUUCUUAGCACAUGAUCAUUUAGAAAACACAUUAUAUGAUAACGAAGAAACUAUAAAAAGAAUAAAAAUAAAAGAUCAUAACAUGAAUUAUAAUGUAAAUGCAACGACUCCAAGAAAGGAUACAUACAAAACUAUUAUAGAAGUACAUAUGGAAGUACUCGAAAAAUACAGAAAUGAAGAAUGGGAACACAAAAAAGAAGAAUUUUUAAAAAUAUUUCUAGAAUUGUUCACAGAAGAGGAAUAUACAACAUAUCCUAAUAUAACUAAUGACGAAUUAAUAAAGGAAGAUACUAAAAGUAUUAAUGACAUUGAAAAACAAAAAAUUCUAUGGAAUAAAUGGAUAGAAAAACAUCAAAAUCUUGCUGACAAAUUGAAAAAGGAACAUUGGUUUAAUAAUUUAAAAAAUGAUUGGAAAAGAGAACUAGAUAACUUAAAAAAAAGAGAAGAAUUAAAAAAUGAUCCUGAUGAAAUUCAAAAUAUUCCAUUUUCACAAAGAGAAAAAGAUAUAUGGAGACAGUGGAUAUCGGAGAAGUGUAUAAUUAUUAAGCAAUAUAUUAAACAGGACUUAUUUAACUAUUUGACUGAUGAACUCCAGAUUAUACCAGAUGAACUUGAUAAUGAAAAAAUUAAAGAUUCUUUGCUAUUAAUUAAUAUAGGAGAAUUAUCGAACAAAGAAGACUGCCAAGAAUUAUAUAAAUAUAUAAAAAAAAAAUUAUUAACAAAACUGUGUAUCCUCGUUCUUAUGUCAGUAUUAGAAGAAUGCAAAAAAGAGCAGGACAUUGAAAAUAAUGAAUCACAUUUGGAUAAUUACAUAAUUAAAUCUAAGGAAAAAGAAAAUUCAGAUAGUAAAAAAGAAUUUAUAGAAAACUUAAGUGACUUUAACCGAAAUUUUUUGGGAAAUAUGGAAAAUCCUGAUUAUACAACAAACGAUAGCUUUAGGAAAGAAAUAGAAAAUUGGAUAAUAGAAGAUAAUACAAAUGCAAAUUCUAUGGAAAAGGAGAAUACUGCAGAUAAAUACUACUGA